AUGAUAGGAAACCACACCGUGUGCAGAAUCCUGGUGGACAAUGUGAGCUCGGUGGACCUCCUAUACUCUGAUUGCUUGGAAAAAAUGGGGAUCCGGAAGGAACAAUUGGAGAAAACCUCCAGGCCGCUAUACGGCUUCACAGGCGACUUCGUCAUCCCUCAAGGGACCAUCCGCCUACCCAUAACCGCCGGUGAAACGCCUCGACAGGCAACCACAAUGGCCAAUUUCCUGGUCAUAAAAGGAAGCUCCCAGUACAACGCGGUAAUCGGGAGGCCAACCCUCCAAGCAUUACGAGCAAUAACCUCCAUUUACCACCAAAAGAUCAAGUUCCCCACCCCGAAUGGCGUGGGGGAAAUGAAAAGCAACCAGUAUGAAGCCAGGGUUGCGUACUCUGACGCCCUGCGCGGAUAUGACCAACCGGGGAGACAGGAGACAAGGAUGGUUCACCAAGGCCUCGUCGAGGACAUAGAUCCCCGGAUCCAGGAGGAAGUCACGUGGUCUCAACCUGUGGAGCAGUUGGUGAAAGUCCGAGUUGGCGAAGGCGAGUCCACUAAAGUGCUAAAAGUAGGCUUGGGCUUAGCCCCAUCACUUAAAGAUGAGAUCGAAGACUUCCUCAGGAGGAACCUAGAUGUCUUCGCCUGGAAUCAUUCCGACAUGGAAGGAAUCGACUCCGAAAUAAUAUGUCACUCCCUGAACGCCGACCCCUCAUAUCCACCCAAAAGACAAAAGCGUCGGCCGAUGAAUCCCGAGAGGUAUGAGGCGCUGAGAGAAGAGGUCGACAAACUGAUUACUAAUGGGUUCAUCAGGGAGUCCCAUUAUCCUCGUUGGGUAUCAAACCCCGUUCUAGUGACCAAGCCCAACGGAGAUUGGAGAACAUGCAUCGACUUCAGUGAUCUCAAUAAAGCCUGCCCAAAGGAUGGCUUUCCACUCCCUCGCAUAGACUAG